ACUAAAUUGGCAUGUAGUAGAUUCACAGAAUUUCUCUCUUCUCUUUUUUACAGUCUCUGCUUCCAAUAACUUCGAUUUAAAUACCAAAGUAGAUGCUCGGUGGAAGGAAUGAAAAGACUCUCACGGCACAUAAGAAAAUGGUCAAACUCCAAACAACAGACCACAAUCCAGGGGCCAGACGUCUGUCAGGUCGGGAGGACAAGGGCAAGCGUGAGAGAGAGAGAGAGAGAGAGACAAGAGGCAGCAGCAGCUCAGAGAGAAGAAAGUCAGGGAGCUAUCCCGUCCUCAGCAGUACAGUCAGUCCAGCUGUCCGUCCUCAAGGACAACACGCAGUUGAGUUUCGGGGGAACAGAAAGUUUGACCGCGUAAAGAUGAUGAUGAUGACCCAGGUGGAAACCACGGUGCACUAUGAUAACGGCUACGAGGAUGAGUACAUGAUCCAGGAGGAUGAGUGGGACAGGGACAUGUUACUGGACCCGGCCUGGGAGCAACAGCAGAGGAAAACCUUCACAGCCUGGUGUAACUCCCACUUGAGGAAAGCUGGCACUCAAAUUGAAAAUAUUGAGGAGGACUUCAGGAAUGGACUAAAACUCAUGCUGCUUCUGGAAGUUAUCUCAGGAGAGCGGUUACCCAAGCCAGACAGAGGGAAGAUGAGGUUUCAUAAGAUUGCAAAUGUCAACAAAGCGCUGGACUUCAUCACAAGCAAAGGAGUGAAACUGGUCUCCAUUGGAGCUGAAGAGAUUGUGGACGGUAAUGUAAAGAUGACUCUUGGAAUGAUCUGGACUAUCAUCCUCCGCUUCGCCAUUCAGGACAUUUCUGUGGAAGAAACAUCUGCCAAAGAGGGUCUUCUCCUGUGGUGUCAGAGAAAGACUGCCCCCUACAGGAAUGUCAACGUCCAAAACUUCCAUGUCAGCUGGAAGGAUGGCCUGGCCUUCUGCGCCCUGAUUCAUAGACACAGACCCGACCUCCUCGACUACUCUAAGCUCAACAAGGAUGAUCCUCUGGGGAACCUGAACCUGGCUUUUGACAUAGCUGAGAAACACCUGGACAUUCCCAAAAUGCUGGAUGCAGAAGAUAUCAUCAACACCCCCAAGCCCGAUGAAAGAGCUAUCAUGACCUAUGUGUCCUGUUUUUACCAUGCUUUUGCUGGAGCUGAGCAGGCAGAGACGGCUGCCAACAGGAUCUGUAAGGUGCUUGGCGUAAACCAGGAGAAUGAAAAACUGAUGGAGGAGUAUGAGAGACUGGCCAGUGAGCUGCUGGAGUGGAUCCGCCGCACCACUCCCUGGCUCGAGAACCGGACCCCAGAGAAGACCAUGGCAGAGAUGCAGCGGAAGCUAGAGGACUUCAGGGACUACCGACGCCAGCACAAACCCCCUAAGGUGCAGGAGAAGUGCCAACUGGAAAUUAACUUCAACACCCUGCAGACCAAGCUGCGCAUCAGCAAUCGUCCCGCCUUCAUGCCCUCUGAGGGGAAGAUGGUAUCCGACAUAGCCAGUGCAUGGCAGGGACUGGAGCAGGCAGAGAAAGGCUACGAGGAGUGGCUUCUUACAGAGAUCCGUAGGCUGGAGAGGCUGGACCACCUGGCUGAAAAGUUUCGCCAAAAGGCCACCAAUCAUGAGAACUGGGCCAGCGGUAAAGAGCUGAUCCUCUCCCAGAAGGACUAUGAAAAAGCCACCCUGACAGAAGUCAGAGCAUUGCUCCGAAAACACGAGGCCUUUGAGAGUGACUUGGCAGCCCACCAGGACAGAGUGGAGCAGAUUGCCGCCAUUGCACAGGAAUUAAAUGAGCUGGACUACCAUGACGUGGCAGCUGUGAACCUGCGCUGCCAGAGCAUCUGCGACUUGUGGGACAAGCUGGGAACCCUGACUCAGAAAAGAAGAGAGGCGCUGGAGCGAGCAGAGAAGUUGCUGGAGACUAUUGAUCAGUUGUUCCUGGAGUUUGCCAAGAGGUCGGCUCCUUUCAACAACUGGAUGGAGGGAGCCAUGGAGGACCUGCAGGACAUGUUUAUAGUGCAUACUAUUGAAGAGGUCCAGAGUCUAAUCGCAGCUCAUGAGCAGUUCAAAGCGACUCUACCCGAGGCAGAUGCAGAGAGACAGGCCAUCUUGGGAAUCCACAAUGAGGUGCAGAAAAUUUCCCAGAGCUAUGGGAUCAAGGCCAACAUUAUCAACCCGUACAGCACCCUCACAACUGAGGAGCUUCUCAACAAGUGGGAAAAGGUGAAGAAGCUGGUUCCUCAGAGAGACGGUGCCCUCCAGGAGGAGAUGGCACGUCAGCAUGCCCAUGAAAGGCUGAGACGACAGUUUGCUGCCCAGGCUAAUCUCAUUGGACCCUGGAUCCAGGCCAGAAUGGAGGAAAUUGGGCGCUGCUCCCUGGAAAUAGGAGGCGCCCUGGAGGACCAGAUGACCCAGCUGAAGCAGUGCGAGCACGUCAUUGUUGCUUACAAGCCCAACAUCGACAAGCUGGAGGGUGACCACCAGCUCAUCCAAGAGUCCCUGGUGUUUGAUAACAAACACACCAACUACACUAUGGAGCAUAUCCGUGUCGGAUGGGAGCUGCUCCUCACGACCAUCGCCCGAACCAUCAACGAGAUUGAGACCCAGAUCCUGACCCGCGAUGCUAAAGGCAUCAGCCAGCAGCAGAUGAACGAGUUCAGAUCCUCUUUCAAUCACUUUGACAGGAAGAAGAACGGAGCUAUGGAAACCGAUGACUUCAGAGCCUGCCUCAUCUCUAUGGGUUAUGACUUGGGGGAGGUGGAGUUUGCCCGUAUAAUGAUGCUGGUGGACCCCAACGGUACUGGAAAUGUCUCUUUCCAGUCUUUCAUUGACUUUAUGACCAGAGAGACCGCCGACACGGACACUGCCGAGCAGGUUGUGGCAUCCUUCCGGAUCCUGGCAGCUGAUAAGCCGUACAUACUAGUGGAGGAGCUGAGGAGAGAGCUUCCCCCCGAACAAGCGGAGUAUUGCAUCAUGAGGAUGCCGCCUUACAAGGGCCAGGGAGCACCACCAGGGGCGCUGGACUACACCGCCUUCUCCACUGCGCUCUACGGAGAGAGCGACCUUUAACCAACUAGAAACACCCUUCAUUUACUGACCUUAUCCCUAACCAACCCCUCCCUGCCUUCCAUCUCUUCAUGAAAUUAAGGAAUCUAUAAGACAGUUGGAUCAAAUUUGUUGAUUUGUAUGUGUUUGUUGGUUAGCUCUCUGACAUUAGAUUGUCUACAAUCAUGCUGAGCAUCGUCAUGUGUCUUGCUACUCUUAUUCUGAUAAAAACUGACCCCUAAACAUCUAGAAAUUGCCAUGUUCUUGUACAUUUUAUCUUGUGUGCAAUGGUGUUUUGUGCAGAGAGUAGGGUUCUGCGAUGACGAUAAAUGUACUCACACUUGGUGAUACGCCAACAGGAUCAUGGUGUUUUCGUAGUUUAUCAGUUGAAGAAAUUAGGCAUAAAAGUCUUGUUUUAUCUCA